GGCAGUCCAUGCUCAGUCACGUGACACGGACGGGGCAAGAUGGCGGAGUCUGGGGCAGGAGGAGUGGAGUUCGCGAUGGAGCCGAGCGACGCAGACAUCGGCGGCGGUGGCGGCGGCAGCAGCGCGACGGAGCGGCCGAGCCUGCUGCGCCGCACGUUCACGGCGGCCGGGUACAGCGGCUGCCUGCUGCGCGGGCUGGCGGCGCUGCGCGACAACGGGCAUCUCCUGGACGUGACGCUGCUGGUGGAGAACGCGUCGUUCCGCGUGCACCGCGCCGUGCUCGCCGCCUGCAGCGACUACUUCAGGGCCAUGUUCACGGGCGGCAUGCGCGAGGCGAGCCAGCGCGAGAUCGAGCUGCAGGGGCUGUCGGCGCGCGGCCUGCAGCACAUCCUGGACUUCGCCUACUGUGGCGAGGUGACGCUGGACCUGGAGUGCGUGGAGGACGUGCUGGGCGCCGCAGUCUUCCUGCAGAUGGCGCCCGUCGUGGGGCUCUGCGAGGACUUCCUCAAGUCGGCGAUGAGCGUGGAGACUUGCCUUGGCGUGGGCCAGAUGGCGACGGCGUUCAGCCUCGCCUCGCUCAAGGAGUCGGUCGACGCGUUCACCUUCGCGCACUUCCUGCAGAUCGCCGCCGAAGAUGACUUCCUGCAUUUGCCGCUCGACCGCCUCGUCUUCUUUCUGAGGAGCAACCGGCUGCAGUGCUGCUCCGAGGUGGAGCUGUUCCAAGCGGCGAUUCGCUGGCUGCGGCACAGCGAGGGGCGGCGGCGCGUGGCGCCCGAUGUCCUAGCCCACGUGCGCUUUCCGCUCAUGAGCUCGGUGCAGCUUGUCGAUCACGUGCAGCCCGUGGACAUCAUGAUGGAGGACCCCACUUGCCGCAGCUUCCUACUCGAGGCCUUCAACUUCCAGGUGCUGCCCUUCAGACAGCACGAGAUGCAGAGCCCGCGCACAGCCAUCCGCUCGGACCACGUGUCGCUGCUCACCCUGGGCGGGACGCCCUACAUCGACCUGGACCGUGCAGUCAGCACCAAGGUCCACUUCCUCCCCGACAGCUCCUCCCGACACUUCAAGGAGCUCUCAGAGAUGGCGGUGGGCUGCAGCCACCCGUGCGUGGCCGUGCUCGACAACUUUGUGUUUGUGGUCGGGGGGCAGCAGGUGCAGUACCGCAGCGGUGAGGGCGCCGUCAGCGACUGUUUCCGCUACGACCCGCACCUCGGCAAGUGGCUGCGCCUGCAGCCCAUGCAGGACGCCCGAAUACAAUUCCACCUGGGGGCGGUCGAUGGCGCCCUGUACGCCGUGGGCGGGCGCAACCGCACGGGCAGCCUCGCGUCGGUCGAGCGCUACUCGCCCAAGGACAACCGCUGGCUGUACGCGAGCGCGCUGAAGCGGCGCACGUGGGGUCACGCGGGCGCCACGCUGGGCGGGCGCCUCUACGUGGCGGGCGGCUACGGCAUAACGGGCGAGGACAAGCGCGCGCUCCAGUGCUACGAGCCGUCGCGCGACGCCUGGGAGUUCCGCGCCGCCAUGAGCGAGGCGCGCGUACUGCACUGCAUGGCGGCGGCGCGGGGGCGCGUGUACGCGCUGGGGGGGCGCGCCGACCAGGUGGAGCGCUGCUUCGACGUGCUGGCGGCCGAGUGCUACGUGCCGGAGGCCGACCAGUGGACGGCCGUGACGCCCAUGCGGACGGGCCAGUCGGAGGCUGGCUGCGCCCUGCUGGGGGACCGCAUUUACGUGGUGGGCGGAUACAACUGGCGGCUCAACAACGUGACGAGCCUGGUGCAGGUGUACAACGUCGGGACGGACGAGUGGGAGAGGGACUUGCACUUCCCGGCGUCAUUCGCCGGAGUGGGCUGCGCCGCGGUCAUCUUGCCGCAGCACGAGUUUGCGGGCGACGACGCUUAAGAGGCAAAGCCUGGUGGGGCAAUGUGCGGAGGGUGGCGACAAGGCUGGCAGCGGGCGCAUGAGGAUGGAGAAAGCGUGUUGAAGAAACAACUUUAAACGACUGUGGGCAAGUCGUUAAAACCGUGAUGCGUUGAUUUAAAAUCAACCUCUUUAUUUUUUUUGGGAAUGUAAGACAUUAAGUUGACUGAGAAAGCCAACUUUGUUACGUUUUAUUUGGUAAGAAAAUAGCUUUUAAGUCUGUCCUAAUUUGCUCGGUUAAUUCCAUUUGUAUCAAAUGGUUAUCUUGGUGGUUAUGUCACUUUUAAUAACUGAAUCCAAACACUGUUUGCUUGAGGUACAAUCCCGAAACCAAAGCUUCCCUUGCCGAUAUACGCAACGCUGCAGUAAGGUGAAUUUAAUAAGUGCUUUAAAAAUGUUGGCAUAAAACGCACCUCAAGACAAGAGUUCCACAUGAGCACCCAUUGGCAUAUUGCCGACAAACUAUGAAGUCACUGGCAGUUCAACUGCACCCAGCAGCAUUUAAAUUAUUGAACCAGCAAUGCAUGUGUAAAUAUACAUAAAUUGUAAUUAUUAUUUAUACAAACUGUAAUGUUACAUUAAGCCAAAUGGAGGGAACAAAACUAUACCAUUGAAAAAAAAAUCUGUAAUGGAGUUGUGACCCUGAAUUAUAAUAUUCACUAAAUCACCAGUGGGGUGAAUCCUGACAUGCCUUAGUAUUGUUUUCGAUGUGAAGGGGGACAGUCCAGUGGAGUACAAGGGCAUUGGAAAGGUGGGUGUUCUCCCCAAGAGGGAGCUCACACAAGCUGCUGGCAGCAGACGAGUUUGCAUGUGUGCAUGAGCAUCCCCUUUGUUUUGUCCAUGCCCUGACUGCAGACACUGCACAGCAUGAAGUUCAUAGAAGUUUGUUGUGCAUGUGUACUGCAUUUGCAGCCGUUUUGAAAUGAUUGGUUUUGUACAGUUGUAUAAAUGGUUUUUAAUUCAAUUAAAACAAUAAAACAGAA